CACUGUCUUGAGCUGAUGGUGACCAACUUGCCGGUGGCCAAGUCGCCGCGCAAGGUCAAAAGCCGGCUGAAGCAACUGUCGGAGAACUGCGGGGGGCGCGUGAGCUCCAUCAGCGGCGCAACGGCCGUGCUGAAAUAUCCGACCACAAACGCCGCCCUCCGAUCACGCAUACGCAUGGACGGCGAGAACGUCUGCGGGAACGCCAUUUCCGUCACUCUGCACACACCACGGCGGCGGCGGUUGCGGACCGAUCUGACUGGAGCCAAGCGAAGCAGCAGUAGCAGCAGCCGCAGCCCGGAGUCGUCGUCAGUCGAAGCGGACAACUACAGUGUGUCAACGUUGCAGCGUCCCCAAGACAUAUUCUGUGCUGUGGACAUGUGGAACCCAGACGUUGCCACGACUGCUCUGGCCAGGCCGGAAGCUGCCGUUGGGUUCAGGAGGCCAAGAAGUGUGGGACGUGUGUCUCCCUCCAUGCGGAGUACCAGUCAGCCAGAAGUUCCGAGCGUCUGCUACUACGACAACGCACAAGUUGUGGACCCCAUUUCGGGACAGGCAUCAAGCGCAUCCUCUCGCCACCGGUCGUGCUCUCCAACCAAGAGCGCCAACCCACUUCUGUUCUGCAACAUUCCUGGAAUCCGCCAUGGUCUGCCGAGUGGACUUCUUCCGUUUUCCGGCAGCCUCUUGAGCACUGUUCCCCUGCACGGGCAUCCAAAUGUGACUGUUCCUGCUAGCAGCAUGCCCUUGGAAGAGAGACUACAAAAUGUUUCACUGAAGGAACGCAACGACGCUCCCGCUUGCGUCCGCGUGACAAACCUCGACCCCAGCCUUGAUAGGAAUGUCAUCAAGAAGAUGCUCUUAGCGGUGUUUCAAGAGUCCGGAGUGACUGUCCUGAAUAUUACUCUGAAUCUCCAAAAAGAUGGUAACGUCGAGGCAUUCGUGCACGUGCCGAACGCGUCAGAAGCUCUACGAGCCUUUCAUCUCAUACAUCAGCGCCGUAUCGGUCUUUACUGUCUCCACCUCAGCGUCGACGACAAAGUCCUGGUGCAGACGGGUGCGCCGCCGUACUGCCCGCUUCAUGACAGUGCCAAGCCCAUUGCUGGGGUAGCCGGCCCGGCUAGACUUGUGGCAAAGCCGCUUCCCGAAGUGUGCUUGCCUCGCUCAACGUGGGUGAUGCAACUGCGGAAGCUGCUGGACGUGCACGACGGCUCCCUCCUGUUGGACAGCUUUAAGGUGUGUUACCGGGCCGAGUUCGGAGCACUGCCCAUCGCAACAAAGUUGGAGAAGUGGCAGGCAGGCACUGUGCCCUUGGAACACCUGGUGGCAUCAGUGCCAGGUGUCAGCAUCGUGUCUUCAAAGCGGGGCUUCAAACGAGCCAAGCGGGAGGAGUCACCCAAGCAUACAGCAGGCAUCGUAAAGGGAUCUCCAACGGAAAAGCUGGCGUUGGAAAUGGUGGAACUGCUGAGCCGGCAGCCUCACUGCCGGCUGGAAGUGGGCCGGUUCACCGGGGUGUACCAGGCCCAUUUUUCCCGCACCUUCUGCACACUCAACUACGGCUGCGCCAAGGUGGCCGACGUCAUGGCAACCAUCCCGGAAGUCGUCGAGGUCCUAGGCCACGGCUCCUAUGGUGUCAUAACGUUAACACACACGGAGCAGAUGAAGCGGUUUGUCUGGGACAUCGAGCGCCUCUUCCAGAAGCCUGGUGCCCCCAAGACCAUGUCGAUGUCCAGCCUCCUCGAACACUACCAGAGUGCAUACGAACGGCCACUGGAAGUGGCAGACUAUGGGGUGUGCACCCUGGACGAUUUGCUGGAGACACUGCCUAGCGUAAUGUUAACGGUGGAGCAAAAAGAAGGCAGUGUAUUCAUCACUUAUCCUGAACCAGCGCAACCCGAUCCGACGAUGGAGUGUGCGGAGCGCUUGCGCCUAUUCGCCAGGGAACUGGUCCAUCUACUCGGCCCGACAGGCGACAAAGGCAUUCCGCUGUGCGAGCUGAGCAGCGCCUACCAGCACGCGUUUGGCCGGCCCCUUUGCCUUGCCAACUACCUGCCGUAUGGGAAGCUGCCCCAUUUGAUACAGGCCAUCCCCGACGUUGCUGAGCUGGACAAGAGCGACAGCCGGAGGAGAAUAGUGCGACUGGUGCCCGGCUACCGGCAUCCGAGUUGGCAGCUGCGGCCUGUGCCUAAAGAUGAGACGACACAGGUCGUUGAAGAAAAACAGGCGGAGACAAAGGAAACCCCAGAGAAGAGGCGAGAGGAGGAGUGUGUUCUGGACCUGCUCUCCGAACCCGACGACAGCAUGGACCUGGCCCAGCUGUGGACUGCGUUCCACCAGCGGUGCAGCUCGUACCCGAACCUCUUGCUACUGCGCGACCUGGAGCGCAACGGCUCAAUUGUUGUCGACCGGCGCGCCGGCCACGUGAAGCUGUCGCCCCUGUACCGUGUCGCCUGGCAGCUGCGCCGCCUGCUGUACUCCGUCACAGAGCCCGGUGAAGAGCCAAAGAUGUCCCUGGCCCUGCUUGAAGACGCCUACCGUCGCAGACAUGGCAAACCUCCUCCGCUGCAGCAACUAGGUUUCAAAAGCCUAGAAGAGCUGCUCAAUUCACUGCCCAAGUACUUCAGCAUGUGCUGGGACCGGGACGUGCGGGCCGUCAGCCUUGUGAAGGUCGACAGUGUGCCAAGGGCGGCCAUCGCGAACGAACCAUCCUCAUUGGAGUCGCCGACGGUGGUGCCUUCCGCGGCCAACUGCUCAACCGCAGAUGACACAUUGAUGAGUAGUUUGGAGAGCUGCUUCGAGCCAGAGUUGCUGGACCUCUGCCUGCAGGCGGGUGCGGAACUGAUGCAGCUGUGCCCGGAGCCGGUGCCGUUUCGUUUGCCGGAACCGGAGCUUCUGGGGCUGUUCCCGCCGGCGGACGACGACCUGCUCGACGGGCCGAUUCCGAGCAACGUACCGUCGCCGGUCAUCUGCCCCGAAGUCACGCUGGCCGGCGACCUCAUGCAGUUCGACGCAGCUGACUACCGUUCCAGGCCGAGGUCGGAGGCCGACUGCGUUGCGUCGCCCGUCCAGACCACGAAGAAGAGAAGGAUUGCCGCCUUGUUCCCCGUCCCGCUGUCGCAAUAACUGCCUCCGCCGUCGAGCCGACGACCCACCGAGCACGCUUUCCUCGUUUGGGAUCACGUCUCGAGGGACCACAUUCUCCUGUAGCUUCGCCUUCGUCACUUCUUCAACGCAUCGCCGUUAUGCAUUGUGCGCGUUGCGUUUCACAAGCCCGUGAAAGUGGGUCUCUGCCAGUACUUUGUGUUUCAUCCCCACUUCUUUCUUCUUUUUUUUUGAUGUUGUUUACUCGUGUUGCAAAUGUGCUUCAGGCCGAAGGUGCCGAUGGCAGAAGUUAUCCAGCGUGGUACCCGGCCUCACCAAGCCCUACGAGACGGUGUUUUCAUUUUCACUUGCUUCUAUGUCGCGAUCUUCAUAGUCGUCCUUUUAAUUACUUUAACCGCCAUUUUUUCAUCCUGUCCUCAGUCAUGACGCAUUUUCGUUUGUUCGUCAUGAUCUCCAUUCUGCAUUAACUUUUUGUCAACGUGAACUACGCAACCAUCCCAUUGCAAACCAUUCUUUCUUUCUUUUUCUAAGCGUUUUAGCUCUCUUUCUUUUUUCACGAUCUUUGUACUGCAGUAAUUUUUUUAUGAUUUCAACCCUCGUCCUGUCGCCAGUCAUACGAGACAUCAAUCUUAAUUUUCUCGCGCUUCCACCGUCAUAGUUCGUGUACAGCCAUAUUUCUGCGACUUCAUCCAUCGUUUUCCACUUGACGACAUUGCUAUUUUAACCGAGUUUAUCAGCGCACAAUCUCAAAGAACAUUCAUGACCUGCGGAGGCAUUGUAGACCUGCUUAGCCAAGUACUGAUUGCCUUUCUAGUCACCGGACUUAUUGCUAAUGUCUUCAAUUUUCACGUGUCGUGAUAUUUCGUUUUUCAUUUUACCUUACAGUACAGCCAUCCACGGGAGAUUGCAGGAUUUUGCACAAAAGCUUGCUUCCUAGAAAACAUGCGUACAUAGCUUCAAAAUCAAAGUUUAAUCAAAAUCUAUCUCUUGAUGACUCACCAUGUCGGCACUUGCAACGUACACAGUGAUUCAUUAAUUUAGUUACGCCAUGUCUUAACGAAGGAAAGAUUUUAAUGCGCCAAGGAACUGAUGUCCCGCGAGAUGUUGGGUUUAACCGUGUCUCUUUGAGAGAUGACAGGGAGUCUGACAGAUGUAGAUGCCAUCUUUUAAUGCAACUAGGACAGUAACAUUUUAAUGAAACCAGUGCUUCUUUAUGUUCGUCUGUUCUUUCGUUCUGCAGCUGCAAUCAAAGGCAUAUAUUGUAUAUAUUUAUGCAUGUAUAUAUGUACGCACAUUUGCUCAUACAUUUAGAAUGAGAAGCGUCACCUGCGAUUGCACAUCACGGGUGGUAAAUGAUCGCAUAUUAUUUCCCAGUGCAUUUUGUUUUUUUGUGGGUGUAGGUUGUGGACUAAUGAAAUACAAAAAAGACAGAUGAUUGUAUGUGCAAGAAGUACCGUAUUUACUCUAAUCUAACGCGCACCUUUUUUCCGGAAAAACGAGUCCAAAAAUCGCAUGCGCGUUAGAAUCGAGUACCGAAAAAAAAAAAAAGAAACUCGGUUAUCGUAUUGCCAUCGACAUUUCAAAAUGGCCGCCUCCUACGCGCCUUUUGGCCAUUUCUGCCAUUUUUUCAGUUCGUACGUGUGCCGAGGAGAUUGUCAUCCCGUUCUGCGUUCGCAUCGACGGCAUGGAAGUGCCGACUCCAAAUACUCGACGAGUGUACCACGAUGCCGCAUUUCAAAGAAUAGUUAUUACAUGUGCAGAGAGACGGACGGAAAUCGGGCCGCAUCGCGGUCGUUCGGAUAUAGUUCGUUCGGAGUUCCCGAAACGUGCGUGCGAGACUGGCGCAAACAGAAGCAGAAGAUUUUUUACAGCAAAGCUUCACGAAAAGCUUUCAUUGGACCAAAGCAGGGCCGGUUUCCCGAAAUCGAAGAGUGUUGACAGCGACAAGGAGUUGUCCGACAGCGACGAGGACUGAUCCAUUACGCGACUCGUAUCGCCGCCGUAGUGGUGACAGUUUUAACGGCAAGGCCCCCUUUUUGACUUUGUGUUUUACUUUUUUGAAACUUCAGUUGUUUAAAACCCAGAUACUUGUUCUUCUGAAUGUGCGAAGUUUGACUCCUACGGACUUUUUUUGUUCUUUUCUCUCACGCAAAAUGGGUGCGCGUUACAAUCGAUGUAUUAUUUUUUUUUUUUUUUUUUGGUCGCGGAAAACGGGUGCGCGUUACAAUCGAGGGCGCGGUAGAAUCGAGUAAAUACGGUAUUGCAAUCGGUUGUUGCAAGGACGUGCUGCUUCACGAGUUUCGACCACAGUAUCGACGUUUGGAUCGACGGUGUGUUGUUCAAGUUUCAUUAGACCGCGAUGACUGUGCGUAGCAAACAUCAUCACAAAUUUCAUCGAAACAGGCGCGAAUGAGACGCACGUGCAUGCGCGUCCAGGACGUAUGUGCGUCCAGGACGAGAAAGUGUUUUUUUUUUUUAUAUCACACCAAGACGUGCGUGCACCAUAUUUGAGAGUUUGCCAGAUUCACACGUGUCGCGGAAGGGGCUAGGCUGUGAUAAAACAUUCCGCUUCCGCAGCGUUCUUGUAAAAAAUAUAAACAUUCAUCGCCCCUUCAUCGUCACCGUAGUGUAAAUGUAUAAAUGCGGAGUGUUCUAUCGCAAUAGGAGACUCAUUCAGAUGCUCCUCAUACGUCAACCCGCUGUCUCGUUUGCCUCGCGAUCUUUACCAGUACCUGCCAUUUAGCGACGAAUUUUUGUCUUUGCGUCGUGUUUUGCUGUAUUCAAAGCACGAUCUUGGAUAAAUAAUCACCGCUAAAUGUAUGAACCUCAAUGUGCAAUGUGUGCAUGACGUGCGGCGGUAGUUUUUGUGUAAAUGAGUCACUGAUAUCUGCUUACAUUGACAACACUCUGUAAACUACUGUGGCUGCUUUAACUACACUCAAACCUUGUUAUAACGAACACGGAUAUAACGAAUUAUCGGUUAUAACGAAGUAAAUAAAGAAUAGCCUUGUCAUAGCUACAGUAUUAAAAAUAAACGUUUAUAACGAAUUUUCGGAUAUAACGAAGUUAUUUUCGUGGCAGAUGAGACUUUGUUAUAAUGAGGUUUGAGUGUAUUUUGUAAGAUAGUAAUGUUGCAUAUACCUUUGUAAAUACGAGUUGUGCCUGAGAGAAUUUUGCACAUCACCAUUGCCACCCCUCCCUGUUACAUUCUUUUUUGUUUCGGGUAAUCAGGCUGGGUGACCUCGUGUCCAGCGGAAAAAAAAAUGGGAUUAUGGUAUGCAGGUCUUUAUGUCAUCAUUUUAACUCAUUUUUAUAGAUAUUUUUUUUAACUUCAUCUGCGCCAUCGUUAGCUUGUUGCAUAGUAGCCGUCAGCUCACUGACAAGCAUCGCGGCUGUAGAGUGAAGUUGUGAGGUUAGGCAUUUCAUCCGUAAUCACAAGAAAAAAAAAAAGCAGAAGUUGUCGCAAAUUCGGUGCAGGAUAAAAUUCUGACUACAAGAACGACUUUCGUUUUGGUGAUUUUGCACAUAUGGUUCGGUGAUUUUGCACAUACGUUUCAGUGAUUUUGCGACAGAAGUGUGUCGUCGUUCUUAUCACCUGAUGGUUGAUUCUUUCUACCUUUUAUAGGAGGGUCCUAAUCGGUAGUAGUUUUCAUUUUGCCAUAGAAUGGCUUGGCACGGAGCAUUUAGACUAUGCCCUUCCUUUUAUAGCUUAUUUCAUUUUUAAGAAACGUAAGCCACCACGUUCAGUUCCCUUCAAGGCCAAGCUUAUGCCUUGAGUGAUAGUCUCAUGAAAUCUGUCGUGCUAAGCGAAUUGUAUGCUUUACAGUAUGGCAAAUUCUCAAAGGAAAUGCCUAGCUGGUAAACAAACACGUUACAACUAGUACCAAAUUCCUUCGACUACAUCUCGGGAGGUGGCUGGCGCAGUGCACUGAGGUUGGACCUGUAUGCAUUAAAAAAUUCACCAGCCUUAGUCGCCUACUCCAACCAUAAUAUAUGGCCGAUUUGCUCAUUAGCUGUUCCUUUUGAGAGUGAGCUGGGCUGUACAUGCAAGCAGUCAUGUCUUUGGUGUCUGUUUGGAAGCUGUCAUUCAAGCUAUGUUCCUGAACAAUUUUUUAUGUAUGUAGUACAAGUUUUGUCCUAACGUCGCUAUUUUGUGUUUUUUCUCUAGCUGCGUGCAACACAUGUGUUUUGGUUUUGUAGCUGGCUUUAAAUGCAAAUAGCAGCUUUUUGGUCUAAACUGAAUGAAUUAUUCUAGCUCCCGUGUUAAAUAGACUUUGGUAGUCAACUCUUUGAAUAUUACGUUGACUAGGACCAUUUUCUGCUCAGGCCUCGUGAAGGACAAAUGGACCGUUUUUUGUUUUUUUCAUUGUGAUCUGUGAAAAGAAGUGUGACUUCUGACAGUGCAAGAGAUCAUGGUUUUUGGUUUGCUUUCUUUUAAGUGUCUCUUUGUUGUUUGUUUUAUUUUUGGGAUGACCUACGCGGGUUUGUCACAUGAUGUAAGGAGUCGUGCACUCUUUCAUGAAAAACUGUCUUUCAGUGCAAUGCAACUCAAAUGCCUUUUUUUACGUUGCGGGGCAAUGAUGCUAUGGAUGCUGACGUAACGCUUAAUGCGGAUGUAUGCAUGUUUAAAGCCAAAUGCAGUGAAAUAUUGCAUCAAUUGUAAAUGUAGCGAUCGCGCAGCUCUUGGGAAGGCCAUAAAUUUUUGAAAAAGCACAUGCCUCACCUAAAUGUACAAUUCAGAGCAGCUAUUAGUACUUACAGAGUGAGAUGGGCAACGUCUUAAGGUGUAGCAUGUGCUGCGUUUUCUUUCAUAUUUAUUUUAAAGAUUUGUUUGCGCAUUCAAAAUUGUUCACUGAAAUUUUAUGUGCUCGCUGUGCUUCCUGGUUGUAUUAAGACAUGCGAUGUCUUUUACGUCGUGUUUGUUGUGUUUUCUUUCAUGUGUUCCUAAUGCUGGGGAUCACACAGGCAAACUUCUUCAGAACGUUGUGCGCUCGCUACUGUCUUGGUCAUGUGUAGUGAAGCAAGUGAUGUUUUUAGGCAUGGCAUAAGUUGAGUUUUCUUUUAUAUGUUCUAAUAAUGGCAUUCACACAAACAUACUUCUUCACUAAAAUUAGAUUCCCUCUUUCUUGGUCAUAUGCGGUCAAGCAGAUGAUUUUAAACGUUGUGUUUUCUUUUGUGUUUGUUUUUAGGACGGUGUUUGUGCUAGAAAACUUUACUAAGAUUUUAUGUCCUAACUUUAGGCUUGGUCAUACAUGGAGAAGCAGAUGAUGUUUUAGGCAUGGCAUAUGUUGUGUUUUUAUUUGUGUUUGUGUUUGUGCGUUUGCACAAGAAAACUUCUUCACUAACAUUUUACACCCUCGCUACCGUCUUGGUUGUGCAUAGUGAAGCAGGUGAUGUUUUUAAGCAUGGCAUGCGUUGCGCUUUUGUUUUGUGUUUUUUCUUGAAGGUGUUUGUGCAAGAAUGUUUCCUCACUGAAUUAUUAUGCCCUCAGAGUCUUCAUCAUAAUGCGACGUACAUCUUUAGGCAUAGUAUUUGUUGUGGUUCUUUCUGUUUCCUUUUACAGUGUUUUCCCUGCACCUAAAUCUUAGAUGAAAAGUUAAGAUGACCCUGAUGCUUUCUUGGUCAACAAUAGCGUGAUCAUGAUGGUCAUUGUAAUCAGCUUUAGGUUUCAUUGACAACGGCUGCCUGUGUUUCAAUGACUACCUAACAUUGCAAACAUUACUGUGCACAGUUUGAUUAUUUCAAGGCGUUGAACCUAGCUCAAUAGAUAAGGUUCGUUGUCUCUUUCGCUUAAUUAUCUAUCUCGUUCCCUAUUUCACCUUCGUUGAUGUGUGUUCAUUGUUGUAUCAUAUCGUGUGAACUUCUACUGUCAUGGACAAACAAUGGAAGCUGAGGUAAGGCUAAGUUUGACGCAGUUGUCAUUUUUUUACUUUUGUUACGUUAAGAAUGUCGGCACGAUUCCAUCUUGAACACUUAGUUUGAGGCUUGCGCCGCCUUUGGCAAUAGCUGACGUAUAGUUUCAAAAUUGCAAUUUGCAUCAUUACUUGCCACGAGUACGGUAGGCUUUUUCACUCACAUUUCGGUUGUCCACGACAGUAGCAGUACUUUGAUGACAGCUUCACCGAUCUCCUCUGUCACAAUUGUGACAGAGUUGUGAAGCGACAGGGUGUGUACUUAAGUCUUAUGUAGCCAUGUAUUUGCAUGGCUUCACGAGAAUGAGUCAUGUUGAGGCUCAUUGCGAGUCUUCCUUAUUGUAGUCCCGCACUGAAUUUCAUUUUGACAAAAGCCUUGAUUGAUUGUCAUCAACGACGAUUGUCAUGUUAUUGUGAACUACGGAGGCACUAGUGCAACAGCAGAUGUACAGUUUGCCGCAAAAGUUAUGGGGACAAGAUCCGUCAAAAGGGUCAAUCCUGCCAAGCUUCUGUGCACAAAUGAAAAGGUUUCGGUCUGUAGUACUUUUUGUGAGCUACAGACUGAUUUGUACAAGUGCGAAGUCUUCAUACAGCAGGAAAUCACAUUUGGCUCAAAUCUCAUGCCCCGUCGACCUUUGUUGCAGACUUUAAUAGUGUGCCAGCAUGACAUUGAAUUCUAUGCUGGUAAUUCUCCUUGUUCACCCACUAAAUAUUUUUUAAUAUUUUAUCAUAGGUAUUAUUCUGUGCAAGAGCUGUACCAUCUUAUCUAUUUUAAUGGAAACACGUUAUCAGCGAGAUCCUAUGAUAGGUACUGCAGUUAUGCAGGGUCAUCUGAGGAAGGAGACAAUACUUGUGCGGCAAAAUUGCAGUCAUGCUAACUCAUUCAGUUUUCAGUAAUUUAGAGUUAUUUACCUUAAAGUGCAUACUCCUAAUUGCAUAAAUGAAGUCAACCAGUAAUGAAUUAAUACCAAUUAAGCAGAAAUCUUGAGCUAAACACGCUAAUUUUAGAAAUAUAUUCUUGAAAUCUGUGGUAAAAUGCUUUGAUGCUUCAGUUUAUACUUUGAACAGUGUGGCAAAUAGGGUUCUGAUAAGUGUAAACUUAUCGACACUUUUUUAGAGCUAACUUAAGUCUAACUGUUCGGUUAAUGUUGUCAGCGCAUUUUGCCACAAAUUUCGAGGACUUAUGGACAUAUUUCGGCUAAAUGGUUGGUAAUUACCUAAAUACUGCUUGACUUCAAUUCUGCAGCUCAAAAGUGAAAGUUUGUUGUUUAGCUAACAUCACUGCAAUUUUUAAUGUUUAAUUCAAGUGCUCCAGCUGAUACGAGACAACUGAAAUGUGUACACGUCUUGUGUUUCCAUUAAGAUAGGUAUACCUGGUAUAACGUUCAUGAGCUUCUAGCUCAAAAGGUUGCAGUGGUUGCUGUUUGAACACCAAAUAGGUGUUGCACUUUAUAUCUUAGCAGACUGUAAGCUAAAUGUGGAUUUAUGCUUCACUUUUGACUGAUACAUGUGUGGGUUGAAGAAAUGUCAACAAUAGAAACUGAAUUUGUGGAUAUAAGAUUGAGUGUUAUAUUUCACAAAAGUACAGCAGUGAAUUUUGCAACGUUGGAGUGACAAUUCUGCUGUGUUAUUAACUGCCAGAGAAUGGAUGCUUAAGUUUGACCCUUUGGGUGAAUUAAGGCAUCGUAAAGAAUGUGGUUUUAGCUGCCUGGCUUGUCUCACUUGGGGUCCAUGAAAAGUACUACCAUAGCGUAAAAGAUGGCAAGCAAUGCUAAUAACUUCUUAGCAUACCUAAAACGUACUAAAAAGACGAGUACCAGAAUACUUGAAAGUGUGUACAUGUGUAUUCGCGCUAGUGGCACUCAGUUCAAUCAAAGUGUACUAAAUCUUCAUCGCAAUGACCAAUAGUCUUCCAGACAUUUGCUGCCAUGAAUCUGCCACUGGUGAAACAAUCGUCACGAAAGUGUUUUGCUAUCUCCUUUUCUUUGAGUAUCAUGGAGUACAAAAACAUCUCUUUCGAUGCACUGCAGUGUGUCACAGCGUUGCAAAUUUUCACCACACACAGUGUUGUUCUACACAUAUUCUGGUAUUCGUGUCUACGCUAUCUCCAUCUCAUGAAAACUCUUCGUUGAAAUGCAAAGAUAGGAAUUCUGGGUUUCUUACGUUUCCAUUAUGCACUGAGAUUGUCCAAACACGACUUACUGUCAUUACUUGCAUAAGAGUCAUGGUGGUCAUUGCGAAAUUAUGGUUGUAUUUGCCCCUACAUUUGCCUGAUUGGACAGCUCAUUUAAGAUUUUUAUCAUUGUUGCACAUCAGUGACCUGUGAAUUUUUGCUCACUCAGUGCAAUAAAAGAUUUG